AUGGCUUCGCAAAGCCCAGCAGGGCAGGAAGACGAAGAAGUCAGCGGGGCGCAGGUCAUCGCUGAAGCCCUGAAGAUGCAAAACAUUGAGUACAUGUUUGGUAUUGUUGGUAUUCCUGUGAUUGAAGUAGCAGUCGCCGCUCAAGCAAGUGGAAUUAAAUAUAUAGGAAUGCGCAAUGAACAAGCUGCCUCCUAUGCUGCUUCCGCUGUUGGGUAUCUGACAGGCAGGCCUGGUGUAUGCCUUGUGGUUUCUGGUCCUGGUCUUGUACAUGCUCUAGCUGGAAUGGCCAAUGCAAAUAUGAAUUGCUGGCCUUUGAUUGUUAUUGGAGGUUCCUCUGACAGGAAUCAGGAAACAAUGGGAGCCUUCCAAGAAUUUCCACAGGUUGAAGCCUGUCGGCUAUACAGCAAAUUUACUGCCCGGCCAAGCAGUCUAGAAGCUAUCCCUGCUGUUAUUGAGAAGGCUGUCAGGAGCAGUAUCUAUGGUCGCCCAGGUGCCUGUUAUAUUGACAUACCUGGAGACUUUGUAAAUCUGCAGGUGAACAAGAGCUCUGUCAAAUACGUGGAGUGCUGUCCCACACCUCCCAUCAGCAUGGCUGAAGAGGUGGCGGUUUCUAAAGCAGCUUCAUUCAUUGCACAUUCCAGGAAACCUCUCCUAAUUAUUGGCAAAGGUGCUGCUUAUUCACGUGCUGAAAACAGCAUCAGGAAGUUGGUGGACCAGUGUGGGCUUCCAUUUUUGCCUACGCCAAUGGGGAAAGGAGUUGUUCCUGACAACCAUCCAUACUGUGUAGCUGCAGCCAGAUCUAGGGCACUACAGUGUGCUGAUGUGAUAAUAUUACUUGGUGCCAGACUGAACUGGAUUCUACACUUUGGACUUCCUCCAAGAUUUCAGCCAGAUGUAAAAAUUAUCCAGGUAGACAUUUGUGCAGAAGAAUUGGGGAAUAAUGUGAAACCUGUUGCAGCCUUAUUGGGAGACAUCAAAGCGGUGACAGAGCAGCUUUUAGGUCAGCUGAACAAAAAGCUUUGGAAAUAUCCUUCUAAUACAGACUGGUGGAAAGAGCUACGAGCAAAAGUGCAAAGCAAUGAAGAGAAAUCUAAGGCACUUUCACUACAAAAGCAUCUGCCAAUGAAUUACUAUACAGUGUUCCACCAUGUCAGGGAACUUUUGCCAAAGGACUGCGUUUUGAUUAGCGAGGGAGCAAACACUAUGGACAUUGGGCGCACUAUGCUUCCAAAUUAUCAUCCUCGCCACAGGCUUGAUGCUGGUACCUUUGGAACAAUGGGAGUUGGGUUGGGUUUUGCAAUAGCAGCUGCAAUGGUUACAAAAGACCAGAAUCCCGAGCAGCAAGUGGUCUGUAUAGAAGGAGACAGUGCCUUUGGUUUCUCUGGUAUGGAGGUAGAGACUAUGUGCAGGUAUAACAUGCCAAUCAUUAUAAUCGUAGUCAACAACAAUGGGAUAUACAGUGGCUUGGAUGCAGACACUUGGAAGGAGAUACUGAAGCUUGGAGAACCUUCUGCAUGUGUUCCUCCAGUUUCUUUGUUGCCAAAUGCUCGCUAUGAGCAGAUUAUAUCCGCCUUUGGUGGCAAAGGGUACUUUGUACAAACACCAGAAGAACUACAAGUUGCCCUGAAAACAAGCUUGGCAGAAAAGCACGUGCCUUCCCUCAUUAAUGUAAUGAUCAAUCCACAAUCGGAGAGGAAACAGCAAGAUUUUCCUUGGCUAACCCGUUCUAACAUGUAGUAGAAGGUGCAUGGACUGGGAAUUGAGUAAAAUAUCUGUAUAAACUAAACUGAAUGGACUCUCGUUAGCACACCCAUCAAGGUUAUGGACCUACACCCAAAAUAUGCACAUGAGCUACUUUCAGAUUCUGCACUUUUUUUCAGUAGAUACCUCUGGUAGAAAACAAAACCUUCAGUACAAUCUACAUCCUCCUGACUUCCCUUUGAUCUCAAGGGCCUCCCCAAUACUAAGACGGUUUAUAAAAGGAAUUCUUUUGAAGAGAGAGCGUUGCUGCUUCCAGAGGGAGCAGCAACACUCCUGGUGAGCAAGAAAGUAUUUGCCUUUUCUAUUUUACCAGCACACUUUGCUUUUUUGGUACCAACUUGGAAGUUUCAAGGAGAAGCCGGUUUUAUACUGUUUCUAAUUUCCCUGCCAUAUGGGAGCCACUUUCCAAAUGCAGUGUUCCGUAUACUUCAUGUUUGUUCAGUGCCACCUUAAAAUCACCAGAGGGCACUCUUCAUUCAUGGCUCUUUUUUCAUAAUUAUGUACUAUGUAAAAUGAUUUCUUUUCAAUGUAAAUUUUCAGUGGUGGCAGGAUGCUAUAUUGAAAAUUACAGCAUUAAUAAAACUAUAGGAGAUUCUAUGAGGGAUUUUGAGAAUAAAGAAAU